CACCUUCCUCGAAUGCAGCAUACUCAACUGUUCAAGUUUAGCACAACUUGUUUUGUUUUGUUUAUUGGUCACUCUUGUAGAUGUUUUUCCCCUCCAACAAUGUGACAGUUUAACAGCACAUUGGCCGUUCAUAGUUAUCGGAUUAUAGUCUUUUACAGCAAUGGGGAUGUUUGAGUACACCGUUGGACAAGAAAAUUUUGCGACUGAGGCCACAGUGCCAGAGGAGAAGUUGGUGUGCAUGGGCUUGAACAACCAGAGCUAUAUCUGUGAAUCUGGUCACUGCUGCGGAGAAACACAGUGCUGCAGCUACUACUAUGAACUGUGGUGGUUCUGGUUGGUGUGGACUCUGAUCGGCAUUCUGACAUGCUGUUGUUUGUGUCAGCACUGGCGCUCCAAACAGCGCUUCCAGCAGCAGCGUCGGCAGAACGAGAUCAACCUCAUUGCCUACAGAGAAGCUCACAACAACUCUCAGCUUCCCCUCUAUCUCAGAUUCCUGCCCUCGUACCUGUUGCCAGCUUACGACGAGGUCAUCGACCGUCCAGCUACUCCCCCUCCACCUUACACACCUGUCCUGGCAACACCUCCACCCACAGAUACACUUGAUGAAUCUUGCGACCAUGCAGCAACACCAAUCCCAAGUGAUGCAGCUUGCACGGCUAUCCCAGAGACUCUGCUGCUCCAGUCUCAAAGCACUCACACCAACAAGGAUUCAAUGCAGGGCAGGUACCGGCGCUUCACAGGGGACUCUGGAAUAGAAGUGUUUGACGGCCAGGAAUUGUGGGAUCAGCCUGAAUUUUUAACGAGAGAACAGGCGGAUGAUGAUGAAAUGGGUCAAAUGCAGGAAGCCUGUGUUUGCUGCGGUUCCCCGGGAUGUGAGCACAGCCACAUAAAUAAUGGCCCGAGCAAUGAAAACACUGAUGGACACACAACAGUUGAUGCAGACCCACAGUUUCAUAGGUAAAGACUUAAGUCCUCGUAAUUGUGCAGAGUGGAUACUUUAAGGGCCGGUCUUUGUUCAUGUUAAAUUACACAGUUGGAAUACUACAACUGUCUGUCUUGUUUGACAGUUCUGUUUUCAGGGUGUGCAUGAAAGACACUAUUGCCAUGUAAAUGUCUCGAGGCUUUCAUUGGUACAGUUAACUAUAAUAAUAAUUAUAUAUAUAGUAGGCCUCUUAAUACAAUGACCUAAGUCUAAUUUUGACAAGGUGGGCUUUUUUUUUUGCCUUAAACAUCUCAGGAUACCGGCCGCCUCUGCUAAAAUCAACUACAUCCUUAGUUAAACAGAUUGUUCAUUAAAGACUGUCAGAAUGUGGUGCAGUUUUUUGUGUUUUCUGAAAAAAAAAGAAAAU